UACCCUGGCUAUGUGACUAUGGCACCCACUGGCUUACCUCCAGCAAACUGGUUGAGGCAAUGGCCUGAUUCACAGACAUAUCAAUCACAGACGCCCAUUGAUCCUAAUCCGAAUGCCGCUGCCCUACUUCAGCAGAGUGGGCCAGUGGGCCCCGGCUACCACAUUUCUAUGAUGCCCAAUGGACCCCAAAAUCCUUGA